AUGCCCGAGCUACCUCAACACACACCUGAAGUCACAUGGGCCCAGCGCUCCUCUGCGUCUGACCCCGAACGCAAUUACCUCUAUGUGAACAUCAAGGCUGCUGAUGUGCCCCGGUCCGAUGCGAAGCUCGACAUUACUGCCAAAAAUGUCACAUUCUCCGGUCCCUCCAGAAAGGGGGUAACAUACAAGGUCUCGCUUGAUCUGUAUGCCGAAAUUGAACCCGAGAACAGCAAGGUGAACCACAGCGACCGCGACGUUGAGCUUGUCCUGCGCAAGAAGGAACUGAAGGAGGAGUUCUGGCCCCGUCUCCUCGAGACUACCCAGAAGGUGCACUUCCUGAAGACAAACUUCGACAAGUGGGUGGAUGAGGACGAGCAGGACGAGGCACCGGAAGAUGACUAUGCCAACAACUUCGGCGGGUUUGACCCCAAUGAGCAGGGUGGCCUUGGCAACAUUGACUUCUCGAAACUUGGUGGUCUUCCCGGCGCCGGUGGCCCUGGCGGCGACUUCGGCGGCGAAGGAGAUGAGGAGGAUGAGGAAGAGAUGCCCGCGCUCGAGGAGGCUGACGACAAGGCCGGUGAGAAGUCUUCCAAGAUCCAGGAGGUCUCGUAA